AACAAGCGUGCGCCCGCGCAGGAGCCGGAAGUGUCUCGGAGUGUUCAUUGUAAGGUACGGAGCUGUUCGCGCACACGUCUGUCGGGCAGGUUGAUUAAGAAGAGGUGGAAAUGGGUUACAUGGUAGUAGAAGCCCACACAGCAACCCUUCUCCACUUGAAGAGGUCACCUGGAUAUCGCUCAUGGUCUUUAUUAGUUGGAAUUUCGUCAGUUGGCCUUGCUGCUGCAUAUUACAGCUCUGACAGUUGGAUGUGGAAGCUCUUCUACGUAACUGGCUGUCUCUUUGUGGCCAUACAGAAUGUGGAAGAAUGGGAGGAGGCGAUAUUUAACAAGACUGCAGGCAGUGUUAUUCUUAAAUCUUUUAAUCUUUAUACAAAGAUUCUGACACUUUGGAGAAAAGGCCAUGAACAAGUGGUAGCCCAGCUGAAGCACUUGCGAGCCGUCAGUGUUGAGGAGGAGAAAGUCCGCUACCUGGGAAAGGGCUAUUUGGUGGUUCUACGCUUUGCCACAGGGUUCUCUCACCCACUUACUCAAAGUGCCACAUUGAGUGGGAGAAGUGAUGCAGAAGCGGUCGCCGAGUUGUUAAAGCGCUUUCUUGAUCUCGAUGAAAAAGUCGGAUGUGAAGAUGAUGAAGUCAGCAGCACUGAUAGUGACGAAGUCAGUUUUGAAGAGCACUAAUUAUCUGCACAAACACAUUCCGGCCUCCAUUCCCAAAACUGAUUUGUUUCACAGACUGCACCUACUGCUGGAGUAACAAUGUCUGCAAGAGAAGAAGACCUUCCAGAUAUCUUAUUUUUUUAUAAUGACCUUGCUACACUUCAAGUCCUUCAGAGAUUUAGUUUUUUUUAUUUUUGUAUUUAUCUUCUGCAGCUAGUGCCUUGCUGCCUGAGCUUACUGGAUAAAGUAGAAGAUCGUGCUGUU